AUGCCUCUGCAGAUCUUCGUGAAGACCCUGACGGGCAAGACCAUCACCCUUGAGGUGGAGUCUUCCGACACCAUUGACAACGUCAAGUCCAAGAUCCAGGACAAGGAGGGCAUCCCCCCGGACCAGCAGCGAUUGAUCUUUGCUGGUAAGCAGCUCGAGGAUGGCCGCACCCUGAGCGACUACAACAUCCAGAAGGAGUCGACUCUGCACCUGGUCCUCCGUCUCCGUGGUGGUAUCAUUGAGCCCUCGCUCAAGGCUCUUGCCUCCAAGUUCAACUGCGAGAAGAUGAUCUGCCGCAAGUGCUACGCUCGUCUGCCCCCGCGUGCCACCAACUGCCGCAAGAAGAAGUGCGGUCACACCAACCAGCUCCGACCCAAGAAGAAGCUCAAAUAG